AUGAAGGGAUUAACGAGAAUUGUUUUAAAAAUGACUGCAUUGACCACUGUAGGCUUAGGUGGUUGGUAUAUUGGUAAAUAUUCGGAGGAAAAGAAACAUUUGAAUGAGGAAGAAUAUUGUCGAACGAGUAUUCUCUCUGAUAUAAACAUUAAAAGAAUGCCUGGUUUGCCUUUGUUUGGAAAAGUUUCUGCAGCUACGACAUUUGUUCCCGCAGAAACUGGAACGGACAUGGGUUCAAAAUUGUCAUCAACCGCAUCAAGAGUGUCCGAAAUUAUGAAAUAUGGUUUUCCUGGACUAGAUCAUGUCAGAUCAUACGAAGACUUUGUACUUUCCUAUGACAGAAGAAAUAGAAUAGCUCAUUGGGUAUUUGAACAUUUAAAUAAGGAUAGAUUACAAUACAAUAGUGAAAUAUCACGUACUAAAUGUGAAUUUCAACCUGAUCCCAGCAUACAUCCUUAUUUCAGGUCAGACAAUAGUGAUUAUAAAGGUAGUGGAUAUGAUCGUGGACAUUUAGCAGCAGCAGGAAAUCAUAAGGUUCACCAACAUCAUGUAGACCAAACUUUCUAUCUAACAAAUAUGGCUCCACAAGUGGGACGAGGGUUUAAUAGGGAUUCAUGGAAUAGACUGGAAAAGUAUGUCAGGGGUUUAACUAAGGUUUAUAAGGAUGUAUAUGUCUGUACAGGGCCUUUAUAUUUGCCAAAGAAAGAAGCCGAUGGAAAGAAAUAUGUUCGUUAUGAAGUUAUUGGCACAAAUCAUGUUGCAGUGCCAACUCAUUUUUAUAAAAUAGUUGUUGGUGAAACGCAUGAUUUAAAGUUAGAAAUGGAAGCAUUUGUUAUGCCAAAUGCUCCUAUAAAUGAGAAUACACCUCUAACAAAUUUUCAGGUUCCACCAGAAAGUAUCGAACGUGCUGCUGGGCUUUUAUUCUUUGAUAAGAUAUCCCGUGAUAAAUUAAGUAAAGUAAAUGGAAAAAAGAUCGGUUGGAGUUAAUAACUGCAUAAAACAAAUA